CGCUCGCUCAGCGUUGGUCACGUGGCGUCCCGCGCGUGUCCAAUCAGGAGCGGCGCGGCGCCGUUCAAACUGUCUGUCAGGACAGCAGUUGGCAGGGGCUGCCAGGCCGUCUUUCCUUUCCGUCGCCCAUGGAGGGCCGGGUGGUGUCCCCAGGCCCUUAUCGCGCCACGAAACUGUGGAAUGAAGUGACUAAAUAUUUUCGAGCAGAGAUGCCACGAAGGAAACACAGGCAACACUUCAAAAAAUAUGGGAAUUGUUUUACAGCAGCAGAAGCAAUCAGCUGGCUUCAUGAAUUGCUCAGGAAUAACAAUAAUUUUGGUCCCGAAGUUACCAGGCAGCAAACGACUCAGCUGUUAAGGAAAUUUCUCAAAAACCAUGUGAUUGAGGAUGUAAAAGGAAGAUGGGGCUCAGAAAAUCUGGAUGACAACCAUAACUUAUAUAGAUUUCCUUCAGCGUCUCCAGUUAAAAUUGUGCCACGACGAUGUCCACUGAGAGAAAGCACAGAGAAUGCACCUAAAGAGUCAGGAAGUGUGUUUAAGUUACCACACCAUUCCAGGAGGACUCCCAAAAAAUAUAAUUCCCAGGAAUGUCAGGAGAACAUAGAAAAUGUACAAAGUGAAACUGUGGGAGAGGAGAAGAGAAAGACAGCACAUAGGAGGCAGAUAACCCAAGCAGACAUUGAAGAAGUCUGGAAAAACAUCAUUCUGAUACAUUUGCAAACUAUUUUAGGAAUAUCGUCCUUGGAAGACAUCUUGAACCCAGCACAAGUUGUUCCUCAGUAUAUAGUAUACAACAUGACUAAUACAAGUAAACGUGGUGUUGUUCUUCUUCAAAAUCAAUCAGAAGACCUCCCUCACUGGGUACUGUCAGCUAUGAAAUGUUUGGCAAAUUGGCCUAGAUGUAAUGACAUGGGCCAUCCAACAUAUGUGGGUUUUGAACGGGACGUCUUCAAAACAGUUGCAGACUAUUUUCUUAGUCUCCCUGAGCCUUUGCUUUCUUUUCAGUACUAUGAAUUAUUUGUCAAUAUCUUGGUUUUGUGUGGCUACAUCACAAUUCCAAAUAAUUCCUAUGGAAAAUCAGGUCCCCGGAAUGACUUGGAGAUUUCGAAAACUCCCCACUUAAACUCUUUCAAGUCAACUGAAUGUCUUCUACUAAGUUUGCUCCGCCGUGAGACUGACCAAAAAGAUAGAACUGAGACUUCUGAAGCAGCUUCAAGAAGCUGUAGAACUGCAAAAGGAUGUAGUAUAAAGUUCCAGCACUAUCCUGUGGCUUGUAAACGUGCCUCUAUUCAUGAGCUGGCAGGUGGCAGUUGUCAGAAUAUUUCCAGAUUGCAAAAUCAACAUGCUCCACACCUCAACCUGAAGGCAAGGUGUCGAUCUUUGGAGGGAAUUGUAGAAACCAUCUCAAGCAAGUGUAGUAAAGAUGGAUUAAAAACACUUUCUCAUAUAAGGCCGUUCACAAGCAAUGAAAACCAAUUCUUGCAUAAACCAAACUCUUUAUUGGAUCUUUAUCCAAAUAACAUUAGCCAAAAGCAAACCAAUGGCUUUAGGAGAAUGUCUGCAUCAGAUUUUCCUGACCAAGUGCUUCAUGGUGCAGAGUACAGACCAAGGCAACUUCAUCGGUCUCGGAGUUUACGUGGAAAUGGCAGAUGCAGUUGGUACGACAUACAUGCUCCUGUGGCAGAGAUCACAAUGAAACCACAUCCAGUAUUUUCUCUUGGUCAAAAAACUGCAAGUAAUUCCAAAGUGAAUGCUCAAAUAGGAAGCAAACCAGGGGAUUCUGAUAUGGCCAUCAACAAAAGACUCUGCAAAAGUUCAACACAACUUUUGGAAAGCACAUUUUCCCACCGCUCCUUUAUGUUGACUGGCACAUCACACCUAUUACAACCUCAUUUAGAAAGAGUUGCAAUUGAAGCACUGCAGAUCUGCUGCCUGUUGCUUCCACCACCAAAUCGCAGGAAACUUCAGCUUUUAAUGCGCAUGAUCUCUCGAAUGAGCGAAAAUGUUGAUAUGCCACGACUUCAUGAUGUCAUGGGCAAUAGAUCUUUGAUGAUACAGACUUUUUCUCGAUGUGUCUUGUGCUGUGCAGAAGAAGUAGACCUUGAUGAGUUGCUUGCCAUAAGAUUGGUUUCCUUUCUAAUGGAUCAUCAUCAAGAAAUUCUAGAAGUCCCAGCCUAUUUGCAGAUUGCAGUACAAGAUCAUAUAGAGACAAUAAAAACGAUUCAGGUGGAAAAUUUAGGUGAUGAACUGAGCACCAUAUUCCCGACUUACUCCUUUUGCAAGAGAAUAACAUCUCAGGAAUUUGAUGAGCAAAAAAUCUAUACCUCUCAAGCAGCAGUUGCUGAACUUUUGGAAAACAUUAUUAAGGACAAGCAUUUAUCUCUGAAAGACAAAAAGAAAAAACUUAAGCAGUUCCAGAAAGAAUAUCCACAGAUCUACCAGGACAGAUUUCCAACAACAGAAAGUGAAGCCAUUUUGUUUGAAGACAAGCCCAAAAUUAAGCAACCAAUGCUCAGCCUACGAAAGCCAAAGUUUCGCACCUUGAGAAAUUAGUGUGUCGCUUUACAUGAGUGAUGACAAAAUUCAGUCUGCUACACAAUGUUUAAGUGAGCCAGUGUACACAAAUGUGAAUUUUUAUUAUGAUAAAAUAAGGUGUUUCUUCCUGCCAUAUCCAGAAACAAAGAUAUCACUGUUUACAAAAUAAUCCAAAACUGUAAAUAGAUUUUUGUUUUUGUUUUUAUGAAUUGUACGUGGAUUGACUGAAAUUUAGGAAAGGUGACAAUAUAUAACCAAAGCAAAAAAGAACAAUACUGAUGAAAAAAAUUAAAAAUGUUGGUGCUCUGUUUUGGGGAAGGUCAUAGUUUUUUAGGUACCAUAAUAGGCUGGUAUUUGUGUUCAUUUUCAGUAUGUACCAUUUAUUCACUUCAGUCAAAAUGUAAGACACUCCCAACAAGUUGUUUAUGUAGACAGCUGUGUUUGUGUAUGAAUGUGUUUGAUUUGGUGUUAUUUUGCAUUUUGUACUUACUGUACUCCAGAGUAUAAGAUGUAGAGGAACCAUGGAGGAUAGCCACAAUAUCCCAAAUGAUGAUAAUCACAGAACUGACUGAUGUUGCAAAUCAAGCCUUUUAUGGGAAGAAAACGUAUUGCUUAAAGGAGUAAUCAAUUCAUUGCUUUUAUGGGUAUCCGUGAAAUAUGUGGCACUGUAAUCUUUUCACAUAAUUGGGAAUGUACAGCUAACGGCUGCUUAGAUGUACAAUGACUUUGCCCUUUUUCUUUCAAUUCAUAUUAAUGGGUAUAAUUGAAACUUAAAAUCAGUCCAGCUGCUUGACAAGUACAGCACAGUUUUCUUCUGUUUCUAUCCACAUGGCCAUGUAGUUGUUUGGUUUUUUGUGGAGGUGUUUGAUGAGGACCUACAGUAGAUCAUCCUCUACUGCACUGGUUCUCAACUUGUGGGUCCCCAGAUGUUUUGGCCUUCAACUCCCAGAAAUCUUAAUAGCAGGUAAACUGGCUGGGAUUUCUGGGAGUUGUAGGCCAAAACACCUGGGGACCCACAGAUUUAGAACCACUGUUUUACUGGAUCCUAUUGUUCUAUCCUUCAAGGUUUACUGAGUUUAAGUUAUGGCUAAGUGUGUUCUGUAAUUAAAUUAAACAUUUCUUAUAUCUCUUUACAUGUAUCUGUUCCAGGACCUUUGUGUUCACAACAUGUAUUUGUCAGUAUUUAAGUUAAUUUGAUUUUAUAAAUCUGUGAUAAGAUUGUUCAAUAAAACCUGUUUUCAACUUGAUAA